GCAUGCGCAGUAGCUCUCCUCCCUGUCUCUCCUGACCGCUAGUGACCUCAGCAGCUUCUGCAGCAGCACAACUUGGACGGGCUCGGCACACGUGCACUCACACACGCGCGCGCACGCCGCUUAAAUUGCACUCAUAAAAAAAGCCGGAGCAGGCAGGAGGAGAUGGCGGGGAUAUUCGGGAAAAUCUUCGUGGGUAUUUACGUGGAGAUAAAACGGAGCGACGGACGAAUACACCAGGCGAUGGUCACAUCACUGCAUGAAGACAACGACAGUGUGACGGUGGAGUGGAUCGAGAAUGGGGACACCAAAGGAAAAGAGAUCGACCUGGAGAGCAUCUUUGCUCUGAAUCCAGAUGUUGCUCCAGAUGAGGAGAUACCACAGAGUCCCGAGGCUCCUGUUCCUCCCUCCAACGUGGCCAAAACCAGCAAAGUCCCCAAGCCAUCAGGUGACGCCAGCUGCAGACUGCAGGUAGAUCACACCAGGAGUCACCACAACAAGUACAAUACCAGAAGAAUUACAGCAAUACCCAAACCUGAGAACGCUCCACGAGAGAAUAGAGCUGCAGCGGUGGGAACCACCCGGGCCCGUCCGAGCCAGCACAGCCAAGCGGCAGAGCCCCCUCCUCCGGCCAUCACUCCCCAGACCGCCAUCAACCAGGCGCUCCUGAAGGAACAGAACGCACGAAGGAAAUCCAACUGUGUGAAGGAAGUGGAGAAACUGCAGGAGAAACGAGAGAAGAGACGACUUCAGCAGCAAGAGCUCAGAGAGAAGAGAGCACAAGAGGUGGAUGUGAAUUUACCAAACUAUGAAAUCAUGUGCAUGAUCAGAGACUUCAGAGCCAGUCUGGACUACAGGCCUUUAACCACUAAUGAUCUGAUCGAGGAGCAUCGGAUAUGUGUGUGUGUGCGAGCGCGUCCUCUCAAUAAAAAAGAGUUGUCAGUGAAGGAUUUGGAUGUGAUCACCAUUCCCAGUAAAGACGUGGUAAUGGUCCACGAGCCGAAGCAGAAAGUCGACUUGACCCGCUACCUGGAGAACCAAACUUUCCGCUUCGACUACGCCUUCGACGAGAACUCAACCAACGAAAUGGUUUACAGGUUCACCGCUCAGCCGCUGGUCGAGACCAUUUUCGAAAGAGGGAUGGCGACCUGCUUCGCGUACGGACAAACCGGAAGUGGAAAAACACACACGAUGGGAGGCGACUUUUCAGGAAAGAACCAGGACUGCUCUAAAGGGAUCUACGCGCUGUCUGCCAGAGACGUCUUUCUCAUGUUAAAGAAGCCAAACUACAAGAAGUUGGAUCUCCAAGUCUUUGCCACAUUUUUUGAGAUUUACAGCGGGAAGGUGUUUGACCUGCUAAACCGUAAGGCCAAGUUACGCGUCCUGGAGGACGGGAAGCAGCAGGUGCAGGUGGUGGGGCUGCAGGAGCGGGAGGUGAAAUGCACAGAGGACGUCCUCAAACUCAUCGAAGUGGGAAACAGCUGCAGGACUUCUGGUCAGACUUCGGCGAACGCCCACUCCUCUCGAAGCCACGCCGUGUUCCAGAUCAUCCUGCGCCGGCGGGGAAAGAUGCACGGAAAGUUUUCCCUUAUUGACCUGGCGGGAAACGAGAGAGGAGCCGACACAUCCAGCGCCGACCGCCAGACUCGCCUCGAAGGAGCAGAGAUCAACAAGAGCCUGCUGGCACUCAAGGAGUGUAUUCGAGCUCUGGGCCGAAACAAACCUCACACUCCGUUCAGAGCCAGCAAGUUAACUCAAGUACUGAGAGACUCCUUCAUAGGAGAAAACUCCAGAACAUGCAUGAUUGCCACCAUCUCUCCCGGGAUGGCUUCUUGUGAAAACACCUUGAACACGCUGAGAUACGCCAACAGAGUAAAGGAGUUCGGGAUCAGUCCCUCAGAUAUUCCCUUCUCCCAGAGCGGAGGCGGAGGAGGUCGCUCUGAACUCUCCCCUACGUAUGAGGUGAAGGAGCUCACAGUGGACCCUGCGGCGGCCAUGGAGAGCCGCCAGGGAGGACACAUCAACCAGCUGGAGGUGCUGGAGGCUCAGUGGGGAGUCGGGAGUUCCCCGCAGAGAGACGAUCUGAAGCUGCUCUGUGAACAGAAUGAGGAAGAGGUUUCCCCGCAGCUGUUCACUUUCCAUGAGGCCGUCUCUCAGCUGGUGGAGAUGGAGGAGCAGGUUCUGGAGGAUCACAGGGCCGUGUUCCAGGAGUCGAUCCGCUGUCUGGAAGAGGAGAAGGUGCUUUUGGAGAUGACGGAGGAGGUGGACUACGAUGUCGAGUCUUACGCAACUCAACUCGAACAAAUCCUGGAUCAGAAGAUCGACAUCCUCACCGAGCUGAGAGAUAAAGUCAAGUCUUUCCGUUCUGCGCUCCAGGAAGAGGAGCAAGCUAGCCAACAAAUAACCCCCAAGAGGCCUCGUGCACUAUAGACACAUAAAAAAAAUAUGAUAUUCAACUGUUGAUGAAAGAGCUGAUUUAGCUCAGCUGUGAUUUUAUGACUUACUGUCUAUAUGUGUGUAUGUGGUCUCUCUCUCUCUCUCCCCCCCAAAAACUUUUGCUGUACAGGCUGCCAUCGCUUCCCAUCAUCCAUCCGUCCACCUGUAAACCUUCCAUCCUCCUGUGAAGUGAAUUUACAAGGUUUCCGUGAUUAAGUCACAAGUGCUUCAUUUUAAGCCAAAAAAACAAACAAAAAAAAAGAUGAUAAAUUAUUUGAUUUAAAUACAUUUUUAUAGGAUCGAUCAUAGGAUAUCCCCACUUUGGCCAAUUUUAUAAACAGCUGUUGCCAUUUUGUGCAAUAUCGCGCCUUGUUUGGAGGAUUUUCUUCCUGUUCUUCCCCUUGUUUCAGCUCAGGGGUGAACAGGGCUUUAUCGAGUUUAUGUGUAUAAAAAAAAAACAACAAAAAAACAAAAAAUGAGCCAAAUGUGUGUUUGUGUUGAUACUGUAUGUAAUAUAUGGUUGAUUGAGAGAAAGCCUAAAACACAAAACUAAUCUUACAUUACAUUUAUCGGCCUGACAGGGGCGCUAUAAUCAAAGAAACUUGAGACGCAAAACUUUCAUUCCAGAGUGAUCCAUAAAUACAUCUACAGACAACAGAUUUUUCAUUUGCCAUAAUAAAGACAGGCUACUUCUUGUU